AAAAAAUACCCCGACCAUUCGAGUUUCGACAGUUGCCACAACCGUUUGCUGCCGAACCCAUUUUGAUGUUUCGCUUUUACAAGUUAUACUCUUUGUACGUGAACAAUAUGACCGGCGGACUCACCUGGCCGCGGGAGUGGUGCCUCUGCGAGAAACUGCCCCGGGCCAUGUUGCACAUCCCGGUGGAGCCUCGGAGCCUGCGCUGCGAGGUGUGCGGACUAGCACGGCGGCCUCGGGACCUGGCACUCGCUGCCUCCAGCGAAGAGGAGGCUGCUCAGGCUGCCUCCGAACCGAGCACCACUGCCAACCCGUCCACCCCGUCUGAUCCGUCCAAAAAGCUGUCCAGAGGCAAGGAUGUGCGCGUAAAAGUGGCUGUAAAAGCUCAGAAACCAAAACCGAAAUCCAACUGCCCGGCCAACUGUGUCAAGUGCGGCGGCGUUAGUGUUGGAGGCGAGGUCACUGCAGCUCCUGAGGACGACAAGGAGAAAGUCUACUCCGGUCGACAUGGCCUGUAUAAGAAGCCCAAGAAGAAGGUCUGCCGUCGACCACUUCCGGAUCGUCGGCAGAAGAAGGAGCCUUCAGCCCCGCCGCCCUCAUCGCCCUCGCCGCCACCGCCUCCAUCGCAGUCAGAGUCGCCACAAGAAGAUAUGCCGGCGCUGGUGGCCAUGGCCCACGAGGUCUUCAACCGACCCUAUCACCUACGUCGACGCUGGCCCAGUGGCUACCGAAAUCUCCUGGUCAGCGACUUUAUUCCUUUGAACAGUCCCAUUACUGAUAGCUCUGGCGGUGCCAUUUCCAAGAGAAGCAGCAUGCGCCCGGGCAAUCCCCCGAGCAGUCACAGCAGCCGUCCACUGCCGCCGCUCUCCAAGGUCCUGGCCAACAUCCUAGCCAAGCAAAACACGGUUACUGCCAGGGAGAAGGGCGGUGGCUUGGUGCCGCCAAAGCCAAGGGAUUCCCUGGAUGCUGAUAGCGAACUGGCCACCCAGUUCUCUCCAUUCGACCAAUACGAAGGUCCCUCGGAGGAUGCCCUCGUUGUGAGCAGUGCUCGCGAGAUGCUCCACCGGCCUAUGUCUCUUCAUAUCGAACCACGCACUGAUUUGCCCAACAAUCGCAUCGGAACGGAUGGAUUUGAGCGCAGGACCGGCUAUGGAUCAACUCCCAUCUCUUCGCCGUGUAAGAAGCCAUCAACUCUGAAUGCUAAGCCCUUUUCAGAUUCCAUGAGACGAUCCAUCUUCGAGUCUGCAAACAAGAUCUCAUCCAGUACCAGCAGUUCCAGCAAGAAUAGUUCAAUGAGCAGCGACUCGUCCACUCCCUCGAUUCUCCAGAAGAGCUUCAAGUUCUGCGAUGUGGGCGAGGAGAAACAGGACAAAAUUCCCUCCAAAAAGCAGCAAAAUGACAGUUCCACCACAUUUGUCUCCAUCAUAGAUAAGAUUUUUUGGGCUCCCAAAUGCCCGGACGACAACUCCGAUGAGGAAUUCAAAAGCCUGGAUCGGGAGCAGCUGGACGAGCUGAAGGAUAUGAUGCGCAGCCUCUCUCUCGACGAUCAUGGAAUCCAUUCCGCUGUAAACGAUGUGUCAUCAAAUAAAACCGACACGGAUGCAGAGUAUUCAAAACGUGUUUCCAUGCAAGAGGACGAGUCUAGCAGGGACAGGGAUAUACUGGGCAGCUCUACCCCGGGAACUAGAAGUAGAACUAUUUCAGUAAGGGAACCUAGGAUCAAAUCCCCCAAAUGUGGCAAGUGUGGACGGCAUUGUGUCGCCCCAAGGAAAUAUAAUCGCAAGCCAGAGAAACAUCAUUCGAACAGCAGUUCCACAUUCAAUUUAAGAAGUAAAGAAAGGUCUCCCUGUAUAAUUCACGGAUCCUCCGACGAUCUUCCCCAAAGACUUCUAAAAGAACUCAUGAUUACCAAAAAAAUAGAAGAUGCAAUCAGAAAAAAAUUGAAUAGCAUACGAAGGGAUAUCGUUCAAUAUAAGCUCUUAGAACCGGAUGAGAAUAUUAUGUGGACUUCCCCCGAAAUAAAUUCCGAGGAAAAGGCAGCUGAACAAAAAAAGCCAAAGUUUCAGUCUAAAAUACCGAAAUUUCAAGUUCCGGGAAGAAGACUUUGUAAAAUGCAUUAUAACCCUUCGGCGGCAAAGAGAAAUGAGGCUCUACUAAAUAAGGUGAAAAAACAGUGUCGAAUUCAUUCCAAUAUUAUAUCUAAUCAAGAAGUUCUCAAUUCUAAAAUUUCCAGAAACCAGAAUAGGAGCAGUGGGGAAAACUGUGUGAUCAAAAGAACUCUAUCCGAUCCAUCAGAUUCGAAAAAAUCCAAUACUAAGGUGGUUUGUAGAAUUCAUUCUGAAGGUAAAUCCCAUGUGGAGAUAAAAAAAAGUGAAAAGAAUGAAGCCGCCAGUGAAAAAAUAAAAGUCAAACUAUGUAAGAUUCACCAUAAAUCCUCUGAAGAUACCUUUGAUGAUAAAAAAGACUUAAAAUUUCAGAUCCAGAAAGCCAAACCUGCAAAAGAUGAUCAAAGUAACCCAGAAACGUGUCAGAUUACUAAACAUUUGUGUAAAAUCAUAUCCAACAAAGGAACCGGACCAGAAAGCAUCAGUAAUCAUAGUCAAGAAACUGAACAAUCAAGAUCAACAAAUUAUAGCCAAGAAAUGACACAAGGAACGGAGAAAAUACUUUUCCCCAAGGAUAAAAGCCCAAUGGACUCGGUUCCAAUUCAGACUCACGCUAUAAAGCACAUGGAAACAGCAUUACACACCUGUUGGGAACUGCCCCCAGCCCAAACGGCGCAAUAUGUUGUCAGGGAAAUGGGUGUUCUCCAAAUAACCGAUAUCCCUCCUACCAAACAGAAGACUCCAGAGCUCUUGCAGCCAUCCAUUUAUGAGUUCCGGUUGCCCGAUGUAGAUCCCAGCGAAUUGGAACUAACUGAAUUAACGGAUCGGAAUGACCUGGAACUCGACACAGACGAGGAUGAAACACCUGAUGCUAAACUGAGACACUCUCAAGGAAAGAAAAAAAAAAAAAUUGUGCCACUAAAGUACCGAAGGCGGGAGAUCCAGUAUGAGGAACUGGAGGUAUCCUUUGAUGUAACAAAAAAUGCAUCCAGGAUAGAACUCAAUGAAAACAAGGUGCAGAGGCAGAGCGUGAUACAAAGGGAGGAGAUACUGUCGGGGGUUUUAGAAACAAGUUCAUCCCAGUCUGAUACGUUGUCAAGUGGCAAAAGCCUGUCACUGCCCGAAUAUAAACCCAUUAAGUUAUUAACAAACGUAGCAUAUGAAUCUGAAAAAUCUGACGAACAAUUAAACCAUGAAAGGACAACGCCCAGCAAUUACAUUAAGGAAAGGAUUCAGCCAAGAGAUAACCAGGAAGUACAGAAUAAAAAACGAUAUCCAAACAAAUCCGCCAAAUAUAAUUACUCUGAUCUCAGUCGAGAUACAAGAAAGCGGAUAGAUCUUAGUUUGGAACGAAAGAUAAAGAGGAUGAUGAACAAGCCAAUAAGACUUCUUAACGAUGGUAAAGGUAAUUCAAUUUCUGAAUUCCUCUCGCCAGUAACAAAGAAGUUUACUCGGUCGAAGGAUUCGGAUGAUGAUGAAGCAUCCAAUAGUAGUUCACCACGAAGAUCAGGAGGAGAAGAUAAUGAGCCAGAGAGUAAUCAUGGGAAAUCCUUUAGACAAUAUCCAAACUACCCGCCAACCAGAAGUCUGAAACCAGACUCCCAUAUGCCGUCCCAGAAACCAUUGCGUCUGAUUAUGAACCAGUUAUCUUCCAAUAGUUCAGGAUCGAAAUUUUGUUCCAUGGAAUCGGUGCUGGACGUUGAUUCGGAUGACACGUCCGAACCGAUAGUCACCCAGAAGCAGACCUUAUAUGAAGGACUGCCUCCUCUAAACUGGAAAUUAGUCUCGCUUGGAACAACUCUUCCCAAAAAAUCCGAUAAUAAUGAGCACGAGUCAGCGAUCGGAGAGGCACAUACCUGUCCCAUUUACAAGUGCAGGGAGAUCAUAACUUUACAGUCCUUCACCUCACACUUCGAUAUAGCUCAUAGACAUAGACUGGGGGCGAAAACCAUUCAGAGGGAGCACUUCCAUCGUGUAGUGGAGGGUCUACCAAAGCAGUUCUCUUUUGAUAGUGACCACCUUACUGCCGGAAACUCAUUUGUUGCUUUGCUUCUAUACAGCAGCGUGACUCAAAGAUCCUCCAAGAAGUCUAUUCCAAUCCGGGAUUAUCCACUGGUCCUGGUAGCGUCCCUCGAACAAUUAAAGGACUCUCCAUUUGGCUAUUUCUUUUGGUUUGUUGGUUAUCCCACCAUCGUGAAUCUUCAAAUCAAGCUUACUGUCUACGAUCCGGAUGAAAAUGUUGGCCGGAGCAGGGUUAUAAUGCCCAGAGACAUCGCGGAAAUCCAAGAUCCCCAAUGCUUCACCUCGAAUACUAGAGAUCACCUGCUGCUAAGAGUACCCCCCAAGCACAGGAACUUUCAAAUAAGCUUGGAGGCGACCACAGAAUUGUAGAACUUUAAGUAGAUUUUUUUUCGGGCUCAUUUUUUCGGAUAUUGGGUCGAUUUUACAAAAUUUUUAACUUACUUUUGUUCAAUUUGGAUUAAAUUUAUUUCGUCGGGUGUAUUAUGGAAGUUUUCUUACCAUUUCUUACCAAGUUGCAAUUACAAUUAAAAACGCAUUAUAAGUUGUAUAUUUUUUAAUAAAACGUUCGAGCAAGAACUACAAAACGCUCAAAUGUGUCUCAUCAGAUCAAAAUUGCCUAGCUUUAUUUAUAUCGUAUCAUAAUAGUUAAUUGCAAGUUAUACUACUAAUUUCAUUAAGGUUUUAGUUCGCUUUAAUUACAUUAGAGUAAAUAAUUAUGCACAUAAAACGUAUGCACUCGCAUCUACGUACUCUCUAUGAUUAUUAUCAAUUGCAAUCGUUCCUUGCACCCACCCACGGUGCUUCACUGUAUACAUUUACAAACAUAGGAAGUAAAAUAUAGUAUUUCGUUAUUUGUUUACAAGUUUAAUAACUUAAGCGGCAACUCAAGACCCAACUGCAGCUAUAGACAAAAAAUAAACAAACACGCUAACUGGGUCAACAUAAUAUUUUUCAUACACUGAUGCUACUCCCGAAAAAU